ACAUCACGGGCUGGACCAAAAACCCUCGCUGCAGUCGAGUGACAAGACACAGAUGAUCGAAACUAAAAAUGGGGAAAAGAAACCCCAUAUCAAGAAGCCUCUGAACGCCUUCAUGCUGUACAUGAAGGAAAUGAGAGCUAAGGUAGUAGCCGAAUGCACGCUGAAGGAGAGUGCCGCCAUCAACCAGAUUCUCGGACGCAAGUGGCAUGCACUCAGCAAAGAGGAACAGUCCAAGUAUUAUGAAAUGGCGCGGCGGGAGCGACAACUACACAUGCAGAUGUACCCUGGCUGGAAUGCGCGAGAUAACUAUGGCAUGAUGAAAAAGAAGAAGAGAAAGAAAGAAAAGACUGGUGAUGGAGCCAAUAUGAAGAAGUGCCGUGCAAGAUAUGGGCUGGAGCAGCAGAGCCAGUGGUGUAAACCAUGCAGGCGAAAGAAGAAAUGUAUUCGAUACAUGGAAGGAGAGGAAGGUGAAGACAUGGCGCCUGGGUCAGCAGACAGCGUAGAUGCCUCGCAAGAGAGCGAAGAGGAGGAUGAUUUGCAAGACAUGUCAUCUCCCUCAACAGCACUGAUGGGUGACCACACCGCCACCUCCCUGCAUCCUCAAGUCUGAUGCCCUCGCCUGGGCCUUCUUUGGCAUCACCGUCAGGGCCACCUUCA